AUGGCCGAAGACGGUCAUGCCGCAGGCGGAGCCCCCACUGCUCACGCCGCCCCGGGAGCCCCCGGAGCCGGUGGUCACGGCCCGGCGGACAACCUUGCGAUCAACACCCAAAUCAAAACCAAUGGCAGCGGUCCCAACGGCGUCGCUUUGGAGGAAAUUGCGUCCCUGACAUCACCUCGUCUCUUCACGCCCAACCCAUUCAGUCGCAAGAACACUUCCCUGGAUAUUGACGACUAUUUUACCGGACCCCGCGAUAUCCAGAAGCACUCGAAAUGGCCCAUCUUCCUACAAAUGCACGGCAGCAUUCUUCCCAAGCUGAUCCUCCCGCUGCUUUCCAUUGGCGCGUGGGCGACAUGCGUCACAUGUAUCCAUGUGUUGGUCACACCAAUCAACAUCGGCAGCGUGCUCCUUACCGUCCUCGGUUUUGUUGUCGGUCUGGGACUGUCGUUCCGGAGCUCGACCGCAUACGAACGCUACGCCGAAGGUCGCCGGUACUGGGCCCAGCUGAUCCUGGCGAGCCAGAACCUCGGGCGCGUCUUCUGGGUCCACACGGCCGAGCGGAGCGACAUCCCCGAGGACCAACAGGAGCAGCACAAGCGCCGCGACGUGCUCGAGCGGUUGACGGCCAUGAACCUGGUGGUGGCCUUCUCCGUCGCCCUCAAGCACCGCCUGCGGUUCGAGCCGUACACGUGCUACGACGACAUCGCCAACCUCGUGUCUCACCUCGGCACCUUCGCGCAGGCGGCCACCACGGACGACCCGGACAACGCCCAGCGCGCCUUCAAGCGCCACGGCUUCUUCAAGAGCGUCGGCGAGUACCUGGGCGUCUCCUUCGCCGAGAGCAACCCGCGCAAGGCGGUCAAGAAGGCCGGCCGCCCGCUCGGCAACCUGCCGCUGGAGAUUCUCUCGUACCUAGCCAGCUACGCCGACGAGCUCUCCCUGGACGGGCGCCUCCCCAUCCCGAUGCAGCAGACGACCGUGUACAACAACAUCGCGGUGCUCAACGACGUGCUGGUAGGCACGGAGCGCGUGCUCAACACGCCGCUGCCCAUCGCCUACGCCAUCGCCAUCGCGCAGAUCACGUGGGUGUACAUCCUGGUGCUGCCCUUCCAACUGCUGGGCACGGUGGGCGACCAGACGUGGAUCACGAUCCCGGCCACGGUGGUGGCGGCCUACAUCAUCCUGGGCAUCCUCUUCAUUGGGCGCGAGAUCGAGAACCCGUUCGGGCAGGACGUCAACGACCUCCCGCUCGAGGUGUACUGCGCGCAGAUCGCGGCCGAAAUGGAUGUUAUUGCUGCCCGGCCCAAGCCCCGCAGCCGCGACUGGAUGGAGUCGAUCGACAACCGCGUGCUGUGGCCGCUGUCGAGCUCGGGCUGGCCCGUGUGGAUGAAGCGGAGCGAGGACAAGAUCCGGGAGGCCGUCGUCCACAAGGUCGAGGCCACCUUUGUGAGCCAGAAGGGCAAGGAGGCCGCCGUGCUAAAAGGCCGCGCGCCGUCGGAGAAGGGAUAUGCUAAGGGGUCUGUGAGUGAUGUUUAG